AUGGUGUUUGAUCAGGUUGGAGUUCUCGCCGAUACCAACACAGAAUCAAACCAGAUUCAGCAGUUCAUAUCAGGGGCGUUGGAUCGCCACGUGACGCCACAUCAAGCACACAACAUUUUUCGCAAGGUGCUCAAGAGUACGUCAGCGGAUAAACAGCUUUCAAGAAUGCCGGAUACUGUCGCCACAUUUGCUGAUCACCUCGUACUGGUCAUUCGAGACCAGAAUGAUGUUACCAGCGGUGUUGUGAUCCAGUCUGCAGUUCAACGACUAGCCUUCGAGCGUUGGGGAGAGUCGCUUUGUAUGGACUGGACGUACGGAACCAACAACGUGGGGUUUCACCUUGGUAGUCUGCUAGCUACAAGUGCAACAGGCCGAGGUGUACCUGUUUUGGAUUUCAUCGCUCUCGACGAAAGGAUGAGAACAAUGGAGGCGAUUUUGGAAUUUUUUAAGAAGCACAACAAUCAUCGAGACGUUCGUAAUUGA